GAAGCGGUGGCCUUUCCGCGAGCGGUCCCAACCAGGAUGUACCGCACGCCUCAACCCGUCGGCGGUUAUGGGCAGCCGAUGGCCCUCCAGAGGCGCGCCAGCAUGACGCCGAUGGCUGUGAUGUCACCGGGUGGCCCUAUGUCGCCGACCCUGGCGGAGAAAGUGCGCAUGGCCGCUAUACAGCAGCGCAAGCAGUACACGCGCACGCCCGCGGAGCGGCUACUGCUCAAGUGGGUAAUCUGCUGGGUGCUCUUCGCCGCCGUGGCGACUACCUUCAUGCUCUGGUACCUGUUCAAGCUGAGUGAGAAACCCGUCGUGACGGACACCAUGAGCCGCCUUCUCAGCAUCCACGACCAGAUCUCCACCGAGAAGUAUCACCAGCAUGACCGGAUCUACAGGGCUGUCAUGCACAACAUCACAGCGAGGGGCAUCAGGAACCAGUUUUUGUGA